AUGUUUGAAGAACCUAUUAUGGAAUCAAUGCUUGAUUAUAAUCAAUCUCUAACAUUAGAUUAGAAAUUACAGACUAUGAAUUUUCCCCUUAAAACCCUUUCUGAAGUCAAAGAGAGAUAUAAAUAUCAAAUUGAUUAUUCAACAUUAUAGGAAAGAAAAUUCAAUCUUAGGAAAACUCGAUAGCCUCUCAUUAUAUUUUCAUCAGCAGAUAUUGAAUUAAAUCCGCCAAGAACUGAAGUUAGAGUUAAAUCAGUGAUAUCUCCAGAAAUCAAUCCAAGUCUCUUAUUUGUUUCUGCUUAGUCAGCUUAGUCAAAUAAUUCUAAGAGUAGAAGCCUAGGUUUCAGAAAAAAGCGCUUUUGAAUCUAAUUACAUGAGAGGUAAC